GCCCGUUGCCUAGACGAUCCCUUGGUUUCUCUGAGGAUGUCUGGUUCUCGUAAAGAGUUUGAUGUGAAGCAGAUUUUGAAAAUCAGAUGGAGGUGGUUUGGCCAUCAAGCGUCAUCUCCUAAUUCUGCAGUUGACAGCCAGCAGGGAGAAUUUUGGAAUCGAGGACAGACUGGAGCAAACAGUGGGAGAAAGUUUUUAGACCCAUGUAGCCUCCAAUUGCCUUUGGCUUCAAUUGGUUACCGAAGGUCCAGCCAACUGGAUUUUCAGAAUUCACCUUCUUGGCCAAUGGCAUCCACCUCUGAAGUCCCUGCUUAUGAAUUUACGGCAGAAGAUUGUGGCGGUGCACACUGGCUGGAUAGAACAGAAGUGGAGGAUGGCACUAGUGAAGAAGAAAAUGAAUCUGAUUCCAGUUCAUGCAGGACUUCCAAUAGUAAUCAAACCAUAUCAUCGUGCCAUACUAUGGAACCAUGUUCAUCAGAUGAAUUUUUCCAGGCCCUUAAUCAUGCUGAGCAAACAUUUAAAAAGAUGGAGAACUAUUUGAGACACAAACAGUUAUGUGAUGUGAUUCUGGUUGCUGGCGAUCGUAGGAUUCCAGCUCACAGAUUGGUGCUGUCCUCUGUCUCGGAUUAUUUUGCUGCAAUGUUCACUAAUGAUGUCAGGGAAGCAAGACAAGAAGAAAUUAAAAUGGAAGGUGUAGAACCAAACUCACUAUGGUCUUUGAUUCAGUAUGCAUAUACAGGCCGCCUUGAGUUAAAGGAAGAUAAUAUCGAGUGCCUGUUAUCUACAGCCUGCCUUCUGCAGCUCUCACAGGUGGUGGAAGCUUGCUGUAAGUUCUUAAUGAAACAGCUUCACCCAUCCAACUGUCUUGGAAUCCGUUCAUUUGCUGAUGCCCAAGGUUGUACAGAUUUGCACAAAGUGGCUCACAAUUACACGAUGGAGCAUUUCAUGGAGGUCAUUCGAAACCAGGAAUUUGUGUUACUCCCAGCCAACGAAAUUGCCAAGCUCCUGGCCAGUGAUGAUAUGAACAUUCCUAACGAAGAGACAAUAUUGAAUGCACUUCUGACUUGGGUCCGUCAUGAUUUAGAGCAGAGGCGGAAAGAUCUCAGUAAACUCUUGGCUUACAUCAGGCUACCUCUUCUUGCACCACAGUUCUUGGCAGACAUGGAGAACAAUGCUCUCUUCCGAGAUGACAUAGAAUGUCAGAAGCUGAUCAUGGAAGCCAUGAAGUACCACCUGCUGCCGGAGCGCCGGCCUAUGUUACAGAGCCCUCGCACAAAGCCCCGGAAGUCCACUGUGGGCACGCUGUUUGCAGUCGGAGGGAUGGAUUCCACCAAAGGAGCAACCAGCAUUGAAAAGUAUGAUCUCCGCACAAAUAUGUGGACUCCAGUGGCGAACAUGAAUGGAAGGAGGCUGCAGUUCGGGGUGGCAGUGCUGGACGACAAGCUGUAUGUGGUUGGUGGGAGAGACGGACUGAAGACUCUGAACACGGUCGAAUGCUACAACCCCAAAACAAAGACGUGGAGCGUGAUGCCACCCAUGUCCACGCACAGGCAUGGCCUAGGUGUGGCCGUGCUGGAAGGCCCCAUGUACGCUGUGGGUGGGCAUGAUGGCUGGAGUUAUCUCAACACAGUGGAGAGAUGGGACCCACAGGCGCGCCAGUGGAAUUUUGUGGCCACCAUGUCAACCCCGAGGAGCACCGUAGGCGUGGCCGUGCUGAGUGGAAAGCUUUAUGCAGUUGGAGGCCGAGACGGCAGCUCCUGCCUCAAGUCAGUGGAGUGCUUUGACCCUCACACCAACAAGUGGACACUGUGCGCGCAGAUGUCCAAGCGACGUGGCGGCGUAGGUGUGACAACCUGGAACGGACUCCUCUAUGCCAUCGGGGGCCACGACGCACCCGCCUCCAACCUCACUUCGAGGCUCUCAGACUGCGUGGAAAGAUACGACCCCAAAACCGACAUGUGGACUGCAGUGGCAUCCAUGAGUGUUAGCAGGGAUGCCGUGGGGGUCUGUUUGCUUGGUGAUAAGUUAUAUGCUGUUGGAGGAUAUGACGGACAGGCUUACCUUAAUACAGUAGAGGCCUAUGACCCCCAGACCAAUGAGUGGACCCAGGUUGCUCCUCUCUGCCUCGGAAGAGCCGGAGCCUGUGUGGUGACCGUGAAACUGUAGUUGAGCGCUUUGUUUUCUAAAUGCAGAUGGGCUCUCCCUUUAUGAAUUGAAUGCUAUUAUUCUUUUCUCCUUGGACACAUUUUUAGCAAAUUUAUGAGGCCACAUUCCCGGGCACGCAGUGCCUGCUCUCACACAGCGGAGGCGGCAUUAAAUACCUUCUUUUCGGAGUGAGUCCCAACUAUAGCCGGUGGAUUGCAAAACUCCCAGCACAACUGAAUGUCUCCUAAAUGCCACCCAAUGCUAACUGGGGACUUAGUUCAUAUUUUACUUACAUUUUCCAGGUUUCUUGUAUUGCACUUGAAAUAUAACAGAUAAAACUUUUUUUAGGAAAAAAAAACAUUUUCUUCUUAACUUUAUCAUACUUGAGUUUAAUUUUAUCCGAAUACACUUGUUCUGUUAACUAUCACCACUGUUUGAAUGAUACACUAAAGACUGUGCUUUUUAAUUUUUUUUUCAGAAUAGCUGCAUUAUAUGUACUUUGGUUGUGGAUUUGAUUUCUAAUGUUCACUCAGUCCAGUGAGCAGAAAAAAAACCACUAACGGGUUUAAAAAACAGCAGCAGUGACCAAAUAAAAGCUUGAUAUAUUGAUCUGUAAGGUCUAUUUAAAUAAUAAUUCCAUCUAUAUUCAUCAAGAAAUAUAUGUUAUAAUACUCUGAAAUUGGAAUUGAGUACUAGUGUUUUGUAUUAACAUUAAGAUAUGCAAUUUAUGUAGGGAAAAUGUUACAUACCUAUAAUGUUCUUUAACGUAACUAAUAUUUAAUUCUAUGAAUUUGUUUUCUUUUAUAUUGUGAAAGAUGUUUUGAUUUUGUUCUUUUUUUUAUACUGACAAAACUGUUCAGAUGUUCUCCAGACUCAGUUUCCUUCCCUGCCUUGUGUCUUACAUUUGCCAGUUAUCAAUCCUUAAUGCUUCUUUGUAGUUAAGCAGUUUGGGGAAACUGGGCUUACUGAAUGCUUAAAAAAAUAAGUACAAAGUGUUUAUUACCCAAAGUUUUGUACAUUUGUAAACUCUAACCACAUUAAGUGAAUGUUAAUACUCUCAGUGAAUUGUUCAUUGUUUGCAAAAAUGCACUGAGCAGUAACAUUUUGUGAUAAAUCCUUUUAGAUAUAAGUCAUUAACUUGUAUCUUAACAUAAAAUGACUAUAAACUCCCAUCUUUUAAAA